GUGUCAGUGUCAAUAUGUGCUUGCUGGCUGUGUAUUUACAUACAUAUGCAAUAGCAAAUAUAGCAUAACAUCUUUUUCAUCUGACGUGCCUUAGUCAUGCUGCUAAAAAGCAUGCAUGUGGUGAAUCUCUACUGAUAUUACCCUCCACAUUUGACAUUGAUAAUUGUCAAUUGAACAGCGUGAACGUGACCAACGGCCAACAAAUUGUCUGUCAACACUAAUCCAGAAUCCCAUCCAAUUCAUCAAUUAAACCUGAAUUUGUUUGUUUUGGGAGAAGGAGACGCGAGUUGUUUACAUAAAUAAAGAAGUAAAUAAGCAGAGCUAUCGUCAUUCUCCAAGAAAUUCAACUGGACCGACUGCAUCACGUCUUCGUCUCUCGUAUCAAACGAAUGCAGUAGUGGAGACGUCUAUUCAACGGUUUUAUCCAUCCCACGAGAUAGAUACUACCAUAGAGUUUUAUUAAUAUAUAGAUACUACUCCAGAUAAAACAGCACAACAGUACAAAAAUCUACAUACAGCACAAGCAUAAAAGAAAUAAAUAUACGCACUGGAAUAAAUAUACGAUGGCCAACAAUGACGAUUCCUUCUACCACGUCUUUCCCAAAGGUUUCAUCUGGGGCAUGGCAAACUCCGCAUAUCAAACUGAAGGAGGUUGGAAAGCUGAUGGCAAGGGAGAAAGCAUUUGGGACAGAUUUUGUCAUGAAGAUGCGUCACGAAUCAAGGAUUCGAGCAAUGGAGACGUGGCAAUGGACAGCUAUACGAAAUACAAGGAGGAUGUGAAACUUUUGAAGGAUAUGAAUGCGAAAAUGUACCGAUUCUCAAUUUCAUGGCCGAGAGUUUUACCCAAAGGAACGAGUGAAUUGGUCAACGAGGCUGGAAUCGAUUAUUACAACAGGCUCAUUGACGAACUCCUCGCGAAUGGGAUUGAACCCUGUGUGACAUUGUUUCAUUGGGAUCUACCUCAACCCUUACAAGAAAUGAAUGGCUGGCUGAAUGAGGAACUCGUCCAAUUUUUUGCCGAGUAUGCUCGCUUAUGCUUCUCACGAUUUGGUGAUCGUGUAAAAUAUUUUAUAACCUUCAAUGAACCUUGGGUGUUUUCCAUGAAAGUCUACGAUUUCGCUACGUUCGCUCCAGCCAUUAAAGAGCCCUUGGAGUCCCCUUACAAAGCGGUUCAUACGAUGCUCAAAUCGCACGCGGUUGCGUAUCAAAUCUACAAGAAUGAAUUCAAAGACAAGCAAAAGGGCAAAGUUGGAUUUUCAGUGGACUCUUCCAAUUACGGUCCCAAAGAUCCCUCUUCCCCCACAGAUUUAGAAGCAGCGGACAAAGCGUUUCAAUUCAGACUUGGGUGGAUAGUCAACCCCUUAAUUAACGGGGACUAUCCUCCCAUAAUGAAAGAAUCGAUUGCUCAACAAUCCAAACUGGAGGGACGAUCAACCUCCAGACUUCCAGUUUUUGAUCCCGAAUCGUCCACCAUUCUGAAGGGUUCCAUCGAUUUCUUAGGCCUCAACUACUACACGGCCGAACUGGUGACCACCAUCAAGGCCGGCGAAGAGGCCAACUGUCCGACAAACACGCCUGGCUGGAACCGUGACCUGGGUCUUGACCGAAUUCGUGACCCUAACGGGAAGCUGUGCGGAGUUUGGUGGCAACGCGAUGUCCCCACCGGACUACGGAACACGUUAAACUGGAUAAAAAAGCAGUAUGGAAAUCCCCCCGUGAUCAUAACGGAGAACGGAAGAGCUGAGUCUGACGACCGAUUGGAGGACGACGAUCGCAUCGCCUACUUCCGGGGUCACAUUAAUGAAACGUUAAAAGCCGUGUUGUUAGAUUCUUGUGAUGUACAAGGAUACUUGGGUUGGUGUCUUCUGGAUGUGUUCGAAUGGUCUGACGGAUAUACUGUUGGAUUCGGAGUACAUCGUGUAGACCGUACCUCUCAGGAAAAGACCAGAACGCCAAAAAAGAGUGCAAAAUAUCUCGCACAAAUUUUUAAAGAAAAUGGGUUUCCCGACAAACAAUGAAUAUAAGGUAACCCAGAGGAAGAAGACGAAUAAAUAGAGUAACAUUGAGUAUAAAACUAUUGUUUCGCUCUCUUUCUAGCAAUAAAUAUUAUUGUCACACUCGAUUUCUGUGAAUUGUGGCAGUGAUUUUA